AUGGCUUCUCUAGACCCAGCCCCUGUUCGGAUAUCCAAGAUCGCUGGGCGAUAUCUCAUCUUCGAUUCUGAAGCAGCUGCGUUCUUGCGUCGGAAUGAGAAUAUCAACGGUACUCUAGCUGGAACGGCGCCUCAGCAACCGACUCAGAAUAUCUUUCUCGGUCUUCCAAUUGAACUCCGGCCGGAGGAGGCUGAAGCGUUAUUGCAUAAGAAUGUGGCUUAUCUUGUAGACGACGUAGCUGCCCACCACCAUGUUCUCCAGAAUCACAACGCCGAGGCGAGGAAGUUAUACCUCGACUCGCUUAGGACAAGAAAGCAGACAGCACAACAGGUUAUUGCUGAAAAGAAUGCCAAGAGGGUUGCUGAAGGAGCAUUGAAGCGUGGGAAAUCCCGCCGUGUGCCUCCUAGCAAUGCAGACGACGACACCAUCACUAGUGAAACUAAGCCCGCCGUACAUCAGCAGGAAUCUGCCAUCAAAUCCCUGGGCGUCACCCCAACAUCCAGUGGGUCGCUGAUUUCUUCAGAAGCUGAACGAACAUACCAGGCCACUAAUCCUACGCAAGGCCCUUUGUGUGGCUUUCUACUUACUUCUGGUCACUACACGACUCCCGGUCUUCGCUUUGGUGCCAAGUAUAGUGUUUACCCAGGCGAUCCCUUGAGGUUUCAUGCCCAUUUCAUGGCAAACCAGUAUGAAUGGGAAGAAGAUAUUCCCGUCUUGGAUAUCGUAGCAGGAGGCCGUCUCGCAACAGCUGUGAAGAAGGCGUAUUUGAUAGGGGCACAACAGCCACUAGCAAAUGGAUCACGGGAUGACCAGGAGAUGAGAACCUUUAGUAUCGAAUGGGCUGCAAUGUAA